UUCGGCUCCUGCGAUUUUUAGUGUUUUAAGAAAAUUUUUUAGGGUUUAAUCAAAGCACUUUGGGAGGAAAUACGAUGGCUGGGAUGGAAAUUUCGCAGGAGCUUCAGCGAUUUCUUGAGGUUUGAUUCAUCUUCCUCCUUCUCUCGUUGUCUGUCUCUCUGGGGUUCGUUGUGGGUGUGGGUGAAGAAGAGAAUGGGGGAUUUGCUUGCGGAGCUGGAGCAUCUACUCCGAUCGGAAGGGAUGACGAGGGAGGAGGCUGUGUUCUUCAAGGAAUGCAAGGAUAGAGCUAUCAAGGAUUUCACUGUUGGUGCUUGUGCUUCUUCAGCCAUUGCCUGGAUCGCAUCUAGAAGCUUGGUUCCGUGGCAUAGGUUUAGCCUUUCAGCUGGGUCUGGUAUGCUAGCAGGAAUGUGGAGGUUUAAUCAUUCAUUGGAUGCUUGCGUGGAUAAAAUUCUAGGACGUGAUUGGGAUCACAUGAAGUUGGGUUUGGCUGGCAUAAUCAUGAAGAGGCAUAUGUAUAAUCCAUCACGUGUGAAACUUUUGAGUAAACAUAUGUGUACCCAGAGGAGGUAUUCAAUGACGUGA